UUUCCAGGGGACCUAUUGUCCUUAAGGCUUUUAAUACAGUAUUUUAUCUCAAUUUCAGAUAACUCAUCAUCACAAAAAUCCCUGAAAUCAUUAUCUAUCUUCUUAGCAAUGUUUGCAACACGUCAUGCUCUUAUCAACUGAGCUACGAAGGAGCACGUCGACGUCACUAGAAUGAUGACAACAAUUUUAAGGGACUCUAAAGGGAAUCAGAAUUCCAAACUAAUUUCUAUGGCAACACAGUUGUCAAUUUUGUAAACAAUCAUUUUCGAACGUGUGUUGCCAAGAGACAUCUAACCGACGUUCUAUGGAACGUUUUCUGUGCGAAAACAACAACUUUGCUGCUGACAACAAACUUGUUUGAUUUUUGAGACCUGAGAACAAUCGACUGGAAAAUGCCUGGGUGCUUUUCAAGACUGGCGGAGAGAGUGCGUGGACGUCGGCGGCCUACUGCGUCGACGGGUUGUUCAAAUUCAUUUGUGGCUUGUUUUUCUUGUCUUUUUCUGUUUUGCAGGGUUCGUGAUCGUCGACAGGUGGACAGCGACAGCGACUUCGAAGAGGAAACAACUGUCCUGGAUGAGGUCCAGUUGGAUGUGCCAUUGGAUGAUGUGCCAGAUGUUCCACAGCUGCCAGUCCUCCUUGAUGUCCAGAAUGCUGCUAUCAUCCUUGAGGAUGUGCCAGAUGUGCAGACUAUCCUUGAGGAGGCCACUGGCAAUUGGCAGUUGAUUCCGAUUAGGUUCAGCCCCCAGUACUGUGGGCCUGUUGUGAUCAGGAACAAUGCCGGUCCGGUGGUUAAAGCUUGGAGAACUUUCCAGUUCAUCAGCCCCAUCAUCACCUACAUGCGUGGGGGAUCCCAGCAGGUGGUGGUGAGGAUGCACCACGUGAGUAGGGUGAGAGGCCUGGAGACUCAACUGGUGUGGGCCAUCUCCAAGGAGACAGCCAGGCUUAGUCCAGAGGGCAUCCCCUACUGUGCCACCAAAGUGCAGUCCAUCACUUGGAUCCAGCGUGUGGCUGGCAGGGUGACCCACUAUGCAUCUCACCUCCGCCACGAGACGUCUGUGGACGUGACGCUUGGCUGCUACCAGCAGACUGAUGUCUCAGUGGUGUACGCCACUCUCCACAUGGGGCUGGACGGGCUUCUAUCCUCUUCAGCGUGGUCGGAGGCUGCCUCCUUCUCUACUCCCACCACUCAGCAGUUCACUGACCCAGAGCCUGAGGGCCACAACUGCUAUGAGGGCUGGGAGGAGGACCUGCUGCCUGAGGAGAGGGAGGUUCCUCUGCUAAACCUCUACCUUACCACCAAGAGAGUGGAGGACAUCGCCCUGAGGCUCGUCUCCUUGCGCCAGGCCUUCACUACCCUGCUUGGUUCCACCCUGAGCAGGAACCAUCUGUUUGUGGCGGGAAAGGUCCUCCUGGGCGGCCUUGUUCAGGCCAACCACAUGGACGAGGCCAAAUUCAUCAGUACCUAUAAUGACUUUGUGGACUACCUGAGUGACCCCUCCAAGCGGAAUGACAUUGAGAGGGAGCUGGCUGAGGCAAAGAUCCAUCAUGUGAACAUGAUAGAUGUCCUCUUUGAGCUGGUGCUGUUUGGGAUGAUGACAGCUCAGAAGUCCCUGAUGGUGCACCCUGGUGGGUUCGUGGAGCGUCUGUAUGCUCUCCUGUACUCCUUCCUGCCCACUGCUGCCAACAUGGAGCCAGAGGCUGAUAGAAUCCUACUGCUGCUCAAUGGCGGGCUGAUGGCUCUGCUAGAUGACAUGUUUGGCCAGCAGCUGGCCUGGUACUUUAACCCAGAGUCUCUGGUCACUGAGCUCUCCAGCCUCCUGGAGUACCACUUGGAGAACCUCAUGGCCAGCAUGUAGUCCUACUGCAGGGACCAUACUCCUUUCUCCUUCUCUCUCUCUUUUGAAGGAAUUGAGGACUUGAAGUGCUUUGUUUAACCCUGAUUAGUUAACACGCAUUAAUUUAAUGUAUUCUCUUGUUUUCUCUCCCCACAGGAUUAUUGUGACACUUUGCCUCCCAACAGGGCUGUAGACACCAAUGCACUACAUUACUUUGCACUGAAUUUGACAUUUUAAAAUAAAAUAAGUUGUAGUUCAAAAACAA